AUGCUUUGGUUGGUUUCGAUUCUAUUUACACUUAGUGAAAUAAAUGCCUACAAGUAUCUAGUUGUGAAUCCUUUACCAGUCAAAAGUCAUUCAAUUUUGGGGGAUGCACUAGUCGACCACUUAGUUGAUGCUGGACACGAAAAACUUAUGGCUGAUAAAAACCAACGAUUUGACGCUGUGAUUGCUGAAUGGAAUUACCACGAUGUAUAUGUCGGAUUUGCUGCACUUUUUAACUGUCCUUUAAUUUGGUUCUCAUCAGUAGAACCGCACUGGAUGGUUUUGCAAUUAAUAGAUGAGAUUCCCAACCCUGCAUACUCUACUGAUAUGUUGACAACGGACUAUACGCCUCCUCUGACAUUUAAUCAACGAGUCGUUGAGCUUUAUACACAAUUUUUUACCAGGUUUAUCCAAAUAUUUUAUCUUUCAGGCCUUGAACAUGACGUAUACAAUGAGUAUUUUGCACCUUUUAUUCGAGACAGAUAUAACACUGUGCCCCCAUUUGAAGAACUAAGGUACAAUGCUUCUUUAAUGUUGAGUAACUCUCAUAUAUCGAUGAAUAUACCUAUAAGAUUGCCAGCUAACGUAAUUACUAUAGGAGGAUAUCAUAUCAAACCUAAUAUAAAACCUUUACCUGAGAAUCUGCAAAAAGUUAUGGACAAAGCCAAAGAUGGUGUAAUUUAUUUCAGUAUGGGCACUAAUUUGCGAAGCAAUCAUUUCCCAGACCAAGUCAAACAAGAUCUAUUAAAAAUGUUCGGCAAAUUGAAACAGACUGUCAUAUGGAAAUUCGAAGAGGAUUUACCCAACCGACCUAAUAAUGUGCAUAUUGUUCAGUGGGCUCCACAACAAAGUAUUUUAGCACAUCCAAACUGUUUAUUAUUUAUCACACAUGGAGGUCUACUCUCCACCACUGAGACAGUGCAUUUUGGAGUACCCAUUAUUGGAAUACCAGUUUUUGCCGAUCAAUACGUAAACGUAGGAAGAGCUGUUAAAAAGGGAUUCGCUCAAAGAGUCGAUCUAUCUUACUCAUUAGCUGUGGAUUUGGAAAAAGCUAUUAGAAAUGUACUUUUUGACUCAAGUUAUACAACGAGAAUUAAAGAACUAUCUGCAAUUUACCACGACAGAACCGUGCCACCUGCCAAAGAACUAGUUCACUGGGCGGAACAAGUUGUGAAGACGAAAGGAGCGAGACAUCUACGCUCUCCAGCGUUUAUGAUGCCCUGGUACCAGAAGAUGUACUUAGAUCUUAUUUUAGUUUCACUAGUAGUUUUAUUAGUUUUGAAGUAUCUAGAUGCACAACUAUGCUUUGCCUAG